AUGAAACAGGCAAAUGGGUCAGGGCAGUCAACAAACAUAAACCAGACACAAAACGCGGAGGGGGUUCAUGUUCCUCUGACACAUCAGCUGCUGCGAGUCAUUGUGCGUGUGCUCCAGUACCGUAUGUUGCUCACAGAUUACUUAAACAAUCUCUCACCAGAUUCUAAAGAGUAUGAAGACACACAAGCUGCAUUGGCAAUCGUGUCAGAGGUUGCCGACCAGGUUAAUGACAAUCUAAAACAUGGGGAGAACUUGCUCCGACUGGUCCACAUUGACUACAGUGUGAGGGGCAAGAGAGACCUUCUUCAGCCAGGAAGGGUUUUUGUCAAGGAGGGCACUCUGAUGAAAGUCUCUCGUAAAUGCCGACAGCCAAGACACCUCUUCCUGAUGAAUGAUGUAAUGCUGUACACAUAUCCUCAGCAGGACGGUAAAUACAGACUAAAGAACACACUUACUCUAAGUGGGAUGAAGGUCAGUAAACCAGUUUUAGACAAUGUGCUCAACACACUCAGGAUAGAAGUCGGUGAUGUUACCAUCACACUCUCAGCGAGUUCUUUAGGAGAGAGAGAGGACUGGUUUCACACGCUGAGCAGAGCUAUAGCAGAUCAUGCUGCGGGUCUCAACACCUUCAGUUGUUCUAGUGAGGCUAGAGAGAAACUAUGGAUGUCUUUAGGAGAGGCCGCACCUGUUCUGGUUCCUGUUUCACAUGUAAUGAUGUGCAUGAACUGCACGUCUGAUUUCAGUCUAACACUGCGACGACAUCACUGCAAUGCAUGCGGAAAGGUGGUGUGUCGUUCCUGCUCGAGGAACAGAUACCCUCUUAAGUAUCUGAAGGACAGGAUGGCUAAAGUGUGUGACCACUGUUAUGCCGAGCUCAGAAAGAGAGGUGGUAAUAUUCCUGGAACAUGUGGGAGUGCAAGUCCCCACACAAACAGGGCCAGCAGACCUUUAUCUGCUGUGUUUCAAAGCCUCCAGCCACCGAGUCUGUGGAGGAACAGAAAGAGCACUUCGCCUCUCACACAGGUGUCUGUGGGUGCAGAGGGUUCCACUAUGAGUGGCAGUCUGCAGAGACGCAAAAAGAGCAAAAGGAAGUGGAAGAGGCUGUGGUUCCUGCUCAAAGACAAGGUGCUCUACACCUUUAAAGCACGAGAGGUGAGGGGGCCCAGAGUCUCCUACACCAGUGUGUAUUAGAUUACACACACUAACAUACUAUAUAUACAUCACAUCUAGAUACAGAAAUCAUUUAGAUUACAUUACACUACUCCUGUAGGCACCACCCAGCAAGCAAUUUGCGUUUGAAGGGUGUCCACUGUAAUAUCCGUAAAAAACAUUGGUUAUUAAUAAAAAUGUAUUAGAUGCUUAAGCAGUGGCGGCUCGUGACUGUUCU